GCGAGCUUCAGUGAAUGUGUGUCUGCGGCAGCGUUCGGCGUUAAAAACCACAAACUACGGCUGAAGAACGGAGCACCGGAGCCCGCCGCGCUUCCACACGACCUCGGCACACCGCGGACUAUGAUAAAUCCCGACCAGAGGCUGGUAACGGCGGGCUGUGUUGACGACAAGCGGCUUAUUGCACAUCUGUAGAGCAUAAUGAGGGCAUCCGCUAUUCUUUACGGUGGUUUUUCCUCCGAGGUUUAGUCAGACGCAGAGUGACACUAUUUAUAAAUGUGUCGCUUUUAGACAUCCUCCGAAGGAAAAGGCACAGCGAGGGGACAGAGCCUGUAGAAAUCCAGCUAAUUCCCUCCUCCGUGGCCCCCGGGGAGCAGUGAAGUCAUUUGAGAAGUCACCGGAGAAGAAGAAGAAGAAGAAGACGCGUCUUAAUCAUCUCCAUAGUUUUUUGCACAGUUUUUCUGCGACACUCCCACUCCUUUCUCUCUGUUUUUAAAUCUUACAUGGUUUUGUCUUUCUGAACAUUCAUCGCCGACCCUCCCGUGGGCUUUUUCUCCCCCCCGUUAAAGGAUGCCGGAUCAAAUAUCGGUGUCCGAGUUUCUCUCGGAGACAACAGAGGAUUACAAUUCCCCGACAACAUCCAGCUUCACCACCCGACUGCAGAGCUGCAGGAACACCGUGAAUGUGCUGGAGGAGGCAUUGGACCAGGACCGAACCUCCCUGCAGAAGGUGAAGAAGUCAGUGAAGGCCAUCUACAAUUCAGGUCAAGAUCACGUCCAGAAUGAAGAAAACUACGCCCAGGCUUUGGACAAAUUUGGUAGCAACUUCAUCAGCCGGGACAACCCCGACCUGGGGACAGCCUUCGUCAAAUUCUCCUCCCUCACCAAGGAGCUGUCUGCCCUACUGAAGAACCUGCUCCAGAGCCUCAGCCACAAUGUGAUCUUCACCCUGGACUCGCUGCUGAAGGGUGAUUUGAAAGGCGUGAAAGGGGACAUAAAGAAGCCCUUUGACAAAGCGUGGAAAGACUACGAGGCCAAGUUUACAAAGAUAGAGAAGGAGAAACGAGAACAUGCCAAGCAGCACGGGAUGAUCCGCACCGAGAUCACCGGGGCUGAGAUCGCAGAGGAGAUGGAGAAGGAGCGGCGUCUCUUUCAGCUCCAGAUGUGUGAGUACCUGAUCAAAGUAAACGAGAUCAAGACCAAGAAAGGAGUGGACCUCCUCCAGAACCUGAUUAAGUAUUACCACGCACAGUGCAAUUUCUUCCAAGAUGGCUUGAAGACAGCGGAUAAGCUGAAGCAGUACAUUGAGAAGCUGGCAGCUGAUCUCUACAAUAUCAAACAAACUCAGGAUGAGGAGAAGAAGCAGCUGACUGCCCUGCGAGAUUUGAUCAAGUCCUCCCUCCAGUUGGAUCAGAAGGAGUCUAGAAGAGACUCGCAGAGUAAGCAGGGCGGCUACAGCAUGCACCAGCUGCAGGGAAACAAGGAGUUUGGGAGUGAGAAGAAAGGCUACCUGCUGAAGAAGAGCGAUGGGCUGAGGAAGGUGUGGCAGAGGAGGCAGUGCUCGGUGAAGGGGGGCAUCCUCACCAUCUCUCAUGCCACAUCCAACAGGCAGCCAGUCAAACUCAACCUGCUCACCUGCCAGGUGAAGCCCAGCUCUGAGGACAGGAAAUGCUUUGAUCUCAUUUCUCAUAACCGGACAUAUCAUUUCCAAGCUGAAGAUGAACAAGAGUUUGUCAUCUGGAUCUCGGUACUGACCAACAGCAAGGAGGAGGCGUUAAACAUGGCGUUUCGCGGCGAGCAGAGCAGCGGAGGGGAGGACGGAUUAGAGGACCUGACUAAAGCCAUCAUAGAAGACGUGCUGCGCAUGCCAGGCAACGAAGUGUGCUGCGACUGCGGAGCUACAGACCCUAAGUGGCUGUCCACCAACCUGGGCAUCCUCACCUGCAUCGAGUGCUCCGGCAUCCACCGAGAGAUGGGGGUCCACAUUUCUCGCAUCCAGUCCAUGGAGCUCGACAAGUUAGGAACCUCAGAACUCUUGCUGGCCAAGAAUGUAGGGAACAGUAGUUUCAAUGAGAUCAUGGAGGGAAACCUCCCUUCCCCUUCACCAAAGCCCACUCCCUCCAGUGACAUGACGGUGAGGAAGGAAUUCAUCAACGCUAAAUAUGUGGACCACAAGUAUGCGAGGAAGACGUGCACGUCUGCGGCAGCUAAAAUGAUCGAGCUGUUUGAAGCGGUUCAGUCCAGGGACCUGCUGGCACUCGUUCAGGUCUACGCUGAAGGAGUGGAGCUGAUGGAGCCGCUCCCAGAGGCAGGACCGGAAGCCGGAGAGACAGCACUGCACUACUCUGUACGGACUGCUGACCAGACCUCGCUGCACCUGGUGGACUUCCUGGUGCAGAACAGCGGUAACCUGGAUAAGCAGACGGAGUGGGGGAACACCGCCCUGCAUUACUGCUGCAUGUACGAGAAGCCCGAGUGCCUCAAGCUGCUCCUGAGGGGCAAACCGGCUACCGACAUCACCAAUCAGAACGGAGAGACGGCGCUGGAUGUUGCCAGGCGACUGAGGAACACUCAGUGCGAGGAGGCGCUUGUGCAGGCAGCAGAGGGGAAGUUCAACCCUCACAUCCAUGUGGAGUACGAGUGGAGCCUCAGACUGGAGGAGAUGGACGAGAGCGACGAUGACCUGGAUGAUAAGCCGAGUCCCAUCAAGAAGGACCGCUCCCCGAGGCCUCAGAGCUUCUGCCACUCCUCCAGCCUCUCUCCCCACGACAAGCUCUCCCUGCCGGGCUUCAUCAGCCAGAGGGACAAGCAGCAGCGCCUGUCCUACAGCGCCUUCACCAACCAGAUGUACAGCGCCUCCACCGACCUCAGCUCCUCCCCGGUGGCCGACGGGCCGCCGCUGCCGCCCAGGAACCAGGGCAAAGCUCCUCCCCCAUCCGGCCCUCCCUCUACACUCACACCAGGAGGCAGCUCCACCCUGUCCAAGAAGAGACCUCCGCCCCCCCCUCCUGGACACAAACGCACCCUGUCCGACCCACCCAGCCCGCUCUCUCACAGUCCACACAGUAAAGGGGGCUUAACUGGGGGAAGCGACUCCACCCCUCCUCCGGUCAGUAAGAUGUCUCCGGUUUCCAACAAGUUUGAAGGCAUUCCUCAGCAGCAAAGCACUACUUCAAGCAACACGAAGUCUACACUUGGUCCAAGGGUUCUUCCCAAACUACCUCAGAAAGUGGCAUUGCGUAAGAUCGACACCAUUCACCAUCCGUCUAUGGAUAAGGGCAGCCUUCCUCCAGAGGUCUUCCAGAAGUCUCCGCCUGCGAUUGAGACCCCUCAGAAGACUCCUCUGGCGGAGCGGCCUCAGCCAGGAGACCUGCCGCCCAAGCCGCAGGUGUCCGAGCUUCCCCCCAAACCCGGAGAACUUCCACCGAAGCCGCAGCUCUCCGACCUCCCUCCUAAACCUCAGCUGGGAGACCUGCCGCCCAAACCCCAGCUCAAAGACCUCCCUCCCAAGCCCCACCUGGCCGACAUCCCCCCCAAACCCGGGACAGCCGAGUCGACUCCCAGGCCGCCUCCUGGAGAGUCGACGCCGAGGCCUCAAACGCAACCUCCGCCUCCACCUCAGACUCAGCCGCAGCCUCAAGACUCGCCGUCGCCCAAUCAGCAGGCAAAUAUAGCGGCUCCGUCUCAACAAGCUGCUGAAGACACCAACGGGACCCCAGCAGGGACCGCAGAGACACCCAUACCCCUCCCCAGGAAGAUAAACACAGGGAAGAAUAAAGCUCGUCGGGUGAAGACGAUCUACGACUGCCAGGCUGACAACGAUGACGAACUGACGUUUGUUGAAGGAGAGGUGAUUAUAGUUACAGGAGAAGAGGACCAGGAGUGGUGGAUCGGGCACAUUGAAGGAGAUCCAGAAAGAAAAGGGGUGUUCCCCAUGUCUUUUGUGCACAUCCUGAGUGACUGACAGCCAGAAAGACUUGCACUACGCCUCUCCCUAAAUUGGGAGGUCCUGUAAAUAGCUAUUAUAACACCCCUUGUCACAAGACAAGCGUCCUAAAGAAGAAAAAAAAAAACGACAACAAAGAAGAAACCCAAGAAGGCUCAUCUAGCCAUGGAUGCCUCAUCCAUGCUGUACAAAGAAUGUGUGUAUUCUUCCUCUACCAGUAUUAUCUUAACCCUAUAGCACGGCUGUGAUGAAGCCACUCUCAAAACCCUAGCACUUACCUAAAAGUCUAUGUUUAUGCUGUUCCUGUGUAUAUAUGUAUGUAAAUAUAUAUAUUUGUGUGUGAGUGUAUAUACAUGUUUUAUUGUACAAAACAUGUACCAUUGCUCUCUGCCUGUCAGAUUAAGCAUCAGGGCGGUAGAGUUUGAAUUUUAUCUGUAUUCAUUUUACUGGCCCUCAAGUAAUUAUCAGCUUAUAUUUCUGGAAAAAGGACAAAUAUGAGAUGGAAUGUGAAAUAGGUCAUGUCAUUCUUUGUGUCUUGCAUCCCUGUUUGCCACCAUAAUUGACCGAAGAGGCAGGAGUCUCCCACUGAUCUCCCCGAGGUGAAAAGAUUUCCAUUAAAUGUACUCCUUGUUCUUGCUUGCUUUGUGUGUACACGUAUUCUGGUUGUUUUACAGUAUAGAAACCUGCUGCUACUGUGUGGUGGAAUAUCAAAGCCUGUGGUUCACUGUAGGUCACUAAUUUACUCCUUGUUACACUGUUCACUGUGUGUUUGCUCCGUGUGUGAACUCGACGCCAUCUCCACAGUCCGUUGACCUUCUCUGUGCAUGGUGUAACAAUGACUGGAAAUGAGUGGAGUGCUGCGUUCAAAGACGCUCACCUCAGGGUUUGAAGAGCCACUAUUAUAAAACGAAGCAGGACUGCACAAAAGGCAUCCUGCUGUUGAAGCCACUAUUAACGACACGUACGGGAAACUCAAGAGGACAUCUUAGCAAUAACUUGAUUUUCUGACAGGCUAGAAGUUUCACAACAACCUGUGUUCACAAUUCAGUGUCUUGUAAAACCUCAUGAGCUUGAAUUUUUUUUUUUUUUUUUAGUUUGAGUAAUAUCAUUCCAUGUUACUGGAUUCAGUGCAUUUCCAGGUUUUGCCUGUGAACCGGAGAAGUCUUUCAGAUGAAGGGUGGACUUUGUAAAAGGCCGGGGAGCCGAUGUAUUUUCACCUGGUCCUCACUGACUUGCAGUUCUUCCCAUGUUAAGGAACAAACCCAUCAACCCAUUGUAUCAUUAAAAGUGCUGUACUUAAA